AUGUUUCAAGCCAUCAAUAGUGCAUUAGAUAUUGCAUUAGAAACGGAUAAAACUGCUCUUGUUUUCGGUGAAGAUGUAGCUUUUGGAGGUGUAUUUAGAUGUUCUUUAGGACUAAGAGAAAAAUAUGGUGCAGAAAGAGUGUUUAACACUCCUCUCUGUGAACAAGGUAUAGCUGGAUUCGGCAUUGGUGUAGCCGUAACAGGUGCUACAGCUAUUGCAGAAAUACAAUUUGCUGAUUACAUAUUUCCAGCUUUCGAUCAGAUUGUCAAUGAAGCUGCCAAAUACAGAUAUAGAAGUGGUAAUCUUUUCGAAUGUGGAGCAUUAACUUUUAGAGCACCAUGUGCAGCAGUAGGUCAUGGAGCUUGUUAUCAUUCCCAAAGUGUUGAAAGUUAUUUCGCUCACACUCCAGGUUUAAAAGUUGUCGUUCCAAGGGGUGCUUACACAGCUAAAGGACUACUUUUAAGUUGCAUAAGGGAUAAAGAUCCAUGUUUAUUUUUCGAACCGAAAGUAUUGUAUAGAGGUGCCACAGAUGAUGUGCCAGAUGGCGAUUAUGAAAUUCCCAUUGGCAAAGCUGAAAUAUUAGUGCCAGGAAAAGAUGUCACCGUCGUCGGUUGGGGAACGCAAAUUCACGUGCUUAGAGAAGUUGCCGAAUUAGCUAAAGAAAAAUUGGGAGUCAGCUGUGAGGUUAUAGAUCUUAUGUCAAUUCUACCUUGGGAUGAAGAUUUAGUUAUCGAAUCGGUGAAGAAAACUGGAAGGAUUUUGGUUGCUCACGAAGCGCAACAAACGUGCGGUUUCGGUUCCGAAAUCGUUGCCACCAUACAGAGAGAAUGUUUUUUACAUUUGGAAGCACCCAUAAUGAGAGUGACGGGUUUCGACACGCCUUUCCCCCACGUUUUCGAACCCUUUUACCUCCCCACGAUAUGGAGGUGUUUCGAGGGAAUCAAAAAACUCAUGGAAUACUGA